CAGUUGACUCCCGGCGUUCGGGUGGAACGCGUGUGUUUCGCGGUCUGUCGAGCGAACUUCGGUAUUACGAAAAUAGUACGCGGUUCAGUGACAGUGAAAUAAAUGGUUUGAGUGGCAGUUUGUGGAGCUUUUCACUGGGAUUUUUGCUAUAUUGAUAUGACCUUGUGUAGUGCAGUGUUCAGUGACAGUGCGAUGUCACCAUGAAGCUGUGGAAGAGUCUGAAGAUCUCCAUCGGGAGCCGGGCUGACCCCAAGGCGUUUAGCCAGGAUUUACCGCAGUGGGGGCAGGGGUAUGAGCUUGACGUGUUCAAAUCCCAGACAUCUCUGUCCACCGACAGUGGUCUGUGCACGGAGCGUGGGCUGCGUCGGACUCACAUAGAGCUGAUAAAACCCCCCGGGAAGAGGAUCGGACUCAAACUGGCAGGUCGCUCCGAACCCGGUAUCGUCCCGUCCAUAGUCGGCUUCGCCAAAGACUCGGUUGCCCACGAAUCGGACCGGCUAGCUCCUGGCGAUCGAAUCUGCAGUGUAAAUGGGAUCUCUACCGCUCGGCUUACCAAUGAGGAGGUGCUUCGGUUACUGGAUAAUGUGGAGGAACGAGCGUCGUUGGAGGUGGAAUACUACAUGCCUAACUAUGCAUCGCAAAAUUCGCUAUACAUCACGACAAAGCUAGCAGAGGUGCCGAUGGAGAAAAUCAACGGCUCCCUCGGCAUAACCAUCCGAGGAGGUCUACCUGAGAACUCUGGGAGCGCAGACCUGGUGCUGAACAGCAGGUCUUUGGACGCGCAGCCGCUGGUGGUGACGCACGUGAGGCCGGGAGGCGCCGCGUAUAAUACGUCCAGGGUCAAACCGGGCGACCGGUUGCUUAAGGUCGACCAUAUCUCCCUCACCAACAAGACUCUCUCAGAGGUCCACCAGAUCCUCCAGAACUGCCCUCAGAUGACCAGCCUGACUAUAGAAUAUGACGUUUCCAUCAUGGAGUCCGUGAAACUGGCUACUGGGCCUCUUCUAAUAGAGAUAGAGAGGCCGUGCAAUGAAGAUUUGGGCCUGUUCCUGGCCAACCAUAGGUAUUCUGACGACGUGUACAGUUCGGGAUCCGACACGUACCAGAGGGUCGGGAGUUGCAAUGCGGUCUAUAUUGACAGCAUAUUGCCGGCCAGUAUUAGUGAUAGAUGUGGUGCCCUCCAUCCUGGCGACCAGAUCCUCGCCUUCGAUGACCACGUCAUCGAUGGAAACAACUACACGGCGGAGGAGGUCAUGUGUUACCUUGAGAAUUGCGAGCAUGGUGUCACUAGGCUACAUGUGGCUCCUAGGCAUAUAGCUCUUGGCGGGUACACUAGAGAAAAUUCUAUGUCAGGAACUUCGACAUUGAACGCCAAGAAACAUCGCCAAAGAAACUACAGACAAAGCUCCAUGCCGAAACUAGGUUUACAGGAUGACUAUGAUAGCCAACAGAACUACAUGAGCAUGGGCGUCUGCCGAACAGACUCCCUGAACAUCCAGCUAGAGGUUCCACCAGGACACAGUAGCGGUUUAGCCGUCCAUGAGGAGAACUGCGCACUCCUCAUAUCGCAUGUAGCCGCGCAGUCGCCCGCUUACAGAUCCGGCUGCCUCCAAAUGCGAGAUCGAGUAAUGUCAAUCAAUGGCCACGAGAACCUAACCCUAGACAUUGCAAACGAGAUCCUCCAACGACGGAACGAUUCCCACAACCCGAAGUACCUAACUUUGAACGUGGAAUUUAGUAUGCCAAACACGAUUGAGGCAUCUAGUGGGGUGUUCAAUGUGAAGUUGGCGAAGACGACGGCGGGGCUUGGUGUUACUAUUACUGGGUGCAAACAAAAGCUGUUAAGCAACGAGGAGCCAAUGGUUAUAUCAGACAUAAAACCGGGCUCAGUGGCGCACCGCAGUGGCGCCCUCGCACCCGGAGACCAACUGUUAGCGAUCAAUGGACAGCCACUACACAACCUGUCUUUAGACACUGCAUUCAACAUUCUCCAAAAUUCUCCAGACGAUAUAAUUACCCUCAAAAUAAGAAAACGUGACCUAACAGAAGAUUGGUCUAAUAUUAAUAAACACAAUGCAAAAUUAGCUUUACAGAGCUUUAGUAACAUAGAAAUUAAAGCAGUAGUACACAAUGGUGAUGAUUCAGGACACCACACUGACAGUCCUAAUAACAGUGCGAAAGAAAGUGAAAGAAGUCACGGCAGUAAUGAUAAUACAGCAGUGUUUACUAUUGAGUUGAUUAAGCAGGAAAAUGGACCUCUUGGUUUAACUAUUGCUGGGAGCGAAGAUGUAACUCAGCCAAUAUUACUUAGUGGACUUGUUGAAGGUGGUGUGGCAGAAAAAUGUGGAAAAUUAGCAAUAGGUGACGAACUUUUAACAAUAAAUGGAGAGAGUGUUUUAAAUAAGCCGCUUUCAGAAGCCAUUAAAUUGUUACAACAGAGUGGCCAGAGAGUGCAAUUACAGCUGUGUAGAAAAAUGACCGGUUCGGUUGAGAGUGCAGAAUCCAGUGCAAGGGAUUCCAGUCACUCAACCUCCAGCCCUGGUCUAUCCAAUGACAGCGCUGUUGAAUCCUGGGAUCAAAACACGCCUGUCAGAUCUAGCGCAAGUUGUGUUUAUAUUGUAGGUAACUCUGAAGUCAUAGAAUACGCUGUACCUGACAAAAAUAGACUUACCGACAAGCAACCAUAUUCACCCACCGAUGAAGAUAAGUUGAUGGCAUCAAAUUAUAACUCCGUUGCACCAUUCGGAGUAAAUGAUCUGCCUCUGCCUAAUUAUUCAUUAAACAAUUCUCUGAAGACCUUUCAUUAUGAAAACACUUGCAUAAUCCCAGAAAAUACGUUGAAAAACAAACAAAAUAUAACUAGAGAGGAUGAUGUACAGCAAAUAGAAAUACUUACUACGAAUAUGAAGGAUUGUCAGUUGCAUAAUAUGGAAAAGGCUUCUUGCAAAUGUGAUUACAUACAAAUGGCCCCAUAUGGAAUUGUUUCACCUAAAAGCAGAAGGCCUAACUGGGAUAAUGAUUACUUAAAUAAUGGAAUUUAUACAGUAACGACACCACAAAAAUCUCCUUUGAAACCAAAUGUACCUGGUACGAGUUUUCAAUUUUCUACGAGUCCUGUAUAUGAGAAUGAUGUACCAAGUCUGUACAGCAGCGAUACCCUUUCUCCCGCCAAAGGCUCCAUCCACCACGUCAUUCUGUAUAAAGACGCCAUUUACGACGACUACGGGUUCUCCGUGUCCGAUGGUUUGUACGAGAGGGGCGUCUACAUCAAUCGGAUAAGGAAGGGGGGUCCGGCUGACAUUGUCGGACUGCUGAGACCUUUUGAUAGGAUUUUGCAGGUAAAUGGAACCAGGACAGUGGACUACGACUGUUGUCUAACAGUGCCACUCAUCGCGGCGGCAGGCGACCGGCUUGAGAUAGUUGUACAACGACUUGCUUCCUCGCGAGAUCUAAAACUCCAAAGGUUGGAUGGAAGUCCAAGUCCAAGUGACAGUAAUAUAGUGACUAAGACCAUUUAGUGCAUAACUCGGCUGUAGUGAAUUUCCACCGAAGGCCUUGACAAAGUUAAUUUUAAAGACAAUCGUAAUACAGUGUUUGGUUAUAAUAUAAGUAGUGUAUAUUAAAAAAACUAGAGCAUACUUAUUAAUAUUGGUAUACAAGAAAA